ACGAUAUUGAAAUUAUGCUGUAAAAGAAGGACUCUGAUAAAGAAAAUACUGCAAAUAACAAUAAAGAUUAAUAAAAACAAAGGGUGAUUGGAGAUUACUUAUUAGGUUUGAUGUUUUUACUAUUAGAGUUAAAACUCUUGGAGUGGGUACUUUUGGUUUAGUCAAGCUUGGAGUACAUUAAAUAACAGGAGAGAAAGUGGCUAUUAAAAUAUUGGAGAAAGAGCGUAUAGUAGAAGUUGCAGAUGUUGAAAGAGUGUCUAGAGAGAUACAUAUUUUAAAAUUGAUUCGACAUAGACAUGUAAUAUAGCUAUACGAAGUAAUUUUAAGUUUAUUUUAAUUAUAGAUUAUUGAGACUAAAAAGCAUAUAUUUUUGGUCAUGGAAUUUUGUGAUAAUGGUGAACUCUUUGAUUACAUCGUAAAAAAUGAAAAGUAUUUAUUAAUGAUUAUAUAUAUUAUUAGACUAGAAGAAGUUGAAGCCUGUAGAAUAUUUUAAGAACUGAUCUCUGGUAUCGAAUAUAUUCACAAACUAAAUAUUGUCCAUAGAGACUUAAAACCUGAAAAUCUUUUAUUGGAUCAUUCAAACCAAAUUAAAAUUGUAGACUUUGGACUUUCUAAUACUUAUAAAGAAGGGGAAUUGCUUAAAACAGCUUGUGGAAGUCCUUGUUAUGCUGCUCCUGAAAUGAUUGCUGGCCAUAGAUAUCAAAGUAUCUUGGUUGAUAUUUGGUCAUGUGGCGUCAUCUUGUUUGCUGCUAUUUGUGGGUAAUUGCCAUUUGAAGAUAAACAUACAAGCGAAUUAUAUAAGAAAAUACUUGGAGGAUAGUAUACAAUACCAUCUCAUGUUUCAUAAGAUGGUUAAUCUUUUAUUAAAGGAAUAUUAAAUACUGAUCCAAAAAAAAGAUUUGAUAUUGAAAAGAUUAAAUCACAUCCAUGGUUUAAAUUGUACAAAAGAACUCAUUAAAUUCCUUAAGGAAUCAUUAUAGGAUAUAGUAGAAUUCCUAUCGAUGAAGAAAUAGUUGAUUAACUUGCUCAAAAAGGAUUCAGUGCUGAUUAUAUCAAAAAAUGUCUAGAUGCUAAUAAACAUAAUAAUCUAACUACAGCAUAUUUUUUACUUCUUAAAAAACAUCUAAUAAAAGGAGGUCAAUCUACUGCUGAUAUCAAUUCAUAAAAUUUCAAUGAAAAACUAUUAGAACCUGCUACAAGACCUACAAAACGUAUCUAUGUUACAUAUUUUAUUAGCUCCUAUAAGCAAUUUAUUAGAUAGUCAAUUAAUGAAAACACUUAAACACAAUAGAUCAGGAUCAUGUUAAACUAAUACUAAAUCACAUACUUAAGGUAGAGGUAUGUCAGUUCCUUAAGUUGAAGAUAUUCGAUCAAUCUAUAAUGGCUCUAAGAAUUAUUAAAAUUCUUCUUUAUCUAUUGAAGUAUAUUUUUAUUAAUUCUUUAAAUAGGAUUAAUCAUUUUAAUUCGAAAGAAAUAAAUCUUAAUCAUUUCAAUAAAACCAUCAUAAGAAAAUGACUACUGAUAUUUAAAUUAAUGAUGCAUUGAAUAAAACUACUUACAUUAAUAAUAGUAAAAGAUCUUCUAAUGCUUCAACUGUAUCUCCAGGACAUUAAAACAAAUUGCUCUAAUAUUUAAGUAUAAUCAACAAUUAUAUUUUAGAAUCAUCUACCAAAAAUACUACUCCAACUGCUGUAAGAGGUAAUUCUUAAUCUAAAAUGCCAUAUAAUAGCAAAACUACUAAAAAUUAAAAGGUUUCUUAUUCUAAUUUCGAUAACUAUAACAAUAACAAUAAUAAUAAUAAUAACAAUAACAAUAAUAAUAAAAAUAAUUCUCUUUUAGACAAAAAAAAAGAAAACAAACCUAUAAAUUUAGCAGAUACAACAAACAUCGAUAGCAAAAAAAGAUCUUUACAUAUAGAUGGAGUAAUUAAUACAUUAUUAUAAGUUUUAGGAUCUCUCCAUGCCUGCAAGUACUAAACCUUAAUCAAUGCCAUAUUAAUUAUGGUUAAAGAUGAAUAGUAGAAAAGGCUCUAGAGAUCUUAGUGGUGGAGGAUAAAAGACAAAAAAAUCAAAUUGUACUGCAAAAUCAAACAUGAAUUAGAGUUUUAAUUUUGACAAGAGAGCGUGA